AUGCGAGUGGUGAGGUCAACGAGAAGAAAAAGGAAUGGAAGAAGAUGGAGCGAGGACGAAGGGAAGGUUAGGGCUACGCUGGCUGUGACAUACAUUUGGGAAGAAGAAGAAGAAGAGGGGGAGGAGGAGGGAGAGCAGAGCACGCUGUGGCUACUGGCGGGGCAAGGAGAACAUCAAGAGUUGACUAUGGAUGCUACUAGUGAAGUCUAUUCUGGUUCUAGAAAGCUUCAUGAGGAAGAAACUGCCGAAAUCCCAGAAACCGCCCAUCAGAUUAGCACAGAUUCAUGGUUUCAAGUGGGAUUUGUCCUCACCACCGGUAUCAACAGUGCGUAUGUGCUGGGAUACUCUGGAAAUGUAAUGAUUCCUCUGGGUUGGAUAGGCGGUGUAAUCGGUCUAAUUAUAGCCACUGCAAUAUCACUCUAUGCAAACGCUCUUAUUGCUAAGCUCCAUGAAUAUGGUGGGGUUAGGCACAUCAGAUACAGAGAUCUUGCAGGAUUUAUAUAUGGCAAGAAAGCUUAUUCACUUACAUGGGGAUUGCAAUAUGUCAAUCUUUUCAUGAUUAACACGGGAUUUAUCAUUUUGGCUGGUCAGGCCCUCAAGGCUGCGUAUGUUCUGUUCAAGGAUGACCACGCCCUGAAGCUCCCGCAUUUUAUUGCCAUUUCUGGCGUUGUUUGUGCAGUAUUUGCUAUAGGGAUACCACACUUGUCAGCUCUCAGGAUUUGGCUGGGGUUUUCAACAGUCUUCAGCUUGAUAUAUAUUGUUAUAGCAUUCGUCUUGUCACUUCAAGAUGGACUUCAAGCACCGGCCAGGAGUUAUGACAUCCCGGGGACAAAAAUAAGCAGAAUAUUUACCACAAUCGGAGCGGCUGCUAGCCUGGUCUUUGCAUUCAACACAGGAAUGCUACCAGAGAUACAGGCUACAGUGAGGAAACCAGUUGUUGAAAACAUGAUGAAGGCUCUGUACUUUCAGUUUACAGCUGGAGUUGUGCCACUGUAUGCCGUUUGUUUUGUAGGGUAUUGGGCAUAUGGAAAUAAAACAUCAUCUUAUUUGCUCAACAAUGUCAACGGGCCGAUUUGGGUGAAGGCAAUGGCCAAUAUUGCUGCCUUCCUGCAAACAGUCAUUGCUUUGCAUAUAUUUGCAAGUCCAAUGUAUGAGUAUCUGGACACAAAGUUUGGUAUUAAAGGAAGUCCACUGAAAAUUCAGAACUUGACAUUCAGAAUUACUGUUAGAGGUGGCUACUUAGCCAUUAACACACUGGUUUCAGCUCUUCUGCCAUUCCUUGGAGAUUUCAUGAGCCUCACAGGAGCCAUCAGCACAUUCCCUCUCACAUUUAUUCUUGCAAACCACAUGUACCUGGUGGCAAAGAAGGACAAACUAACUUCAGCGCAAAAGCUCUGGCAUUGGCUAAAUGUUUGUUUCUUUGCCCUUUUGGCCGUUGCAGCUUUAAUCUCAGCCUUGAGGCUCAUAGCAGUAGAUUCUAAAACUUACCAUGUAUUUGCUGAUCUAUGA